UACAACACUGCGCUAUUAACUCGUUUGAUGAAAACUGCUGGCUUUCUCGAUUUACAAUUUAGACAAAAAUUUUCAUUUUAUUUAUUUGUCGAUGAAGAUUUUAAAUUAAAGUCAAAGAAUCUUGUAGGCCUUUAAAUCAGAGAUCGGCAUUUCCGCCUGAAAUAUGAAUUAAAGAGUUUUAUGUACCCAAAGCGACCAAAAGAUUGUGAAUACGACCGCAGUAUUCCCGACCGGGAGGGAGCUCUAGAAAUGGAGCAACACAGCAAUCACAAUCAAUCGAAGUUGUUCAUCUGUUCGUCCGUUGAUCUUCGAGAUGAAUUGGAAGAGCGGUUUGAACGCGCCUACUUUAGUCUACAGCAGCAAAUAAAUGGACUCAAUGAUAAGGAUAUGCAUGACAUUUUGUCACAACUUGUGUGCAAGGAAAAACAGCAUGAAGAUAUAUCCAUCGGAUUUUUAUAUACAAUGCUAACUGACCCUGUCAUAGCACCCAAAGCCUAUAGAGAUUUGACACUGGUCGCACGAGAUGGUAUGAAUAUGGUAGUUUCAAACCUCACUAUGCUUGUAGCUGAAAAAUAUGGAAAACUAACUGAUGUGGCUCGCCGCCAGCUCAUAUGGCUGUUAAGAGAACUGGUAAAACAUCAAGUGCUUUUGGUAGAAAAUAUUGUGUGGAAUUGUCUUAGGCAAGCCGGCGGUGGCGAUGUGUCACUAAAAAAUAUAUUCUUAGUUGAAGGAUUGCUAGACAUAUUUAUCGACUAUCGUGCCUGGCUAGAGUCACAGGCUUUCUUAGUGCAAACUGUGGUGUAUAGCUAUGUGCGACUUAUAGAAGAUCAUGCAAGUCCUUCACUAACUGCACUACGACAAAAGGAAGUAAAAUUUAUAAUAACAUUAAUUCGUGACCGGUUCUUGGACAUAAUACCUUUGGGAAGGGACUUUGUAAGGCUAUUACAAAAUGUUGCACGAGUUCCAGAAUUUGAACAACUAUGGCGUGACAUUCUACAUAACCCAGAAAGUCUACAUCCAACAUUUACUGGAAUCUGGCAACUUUUGCAAACGCGUACAAGCAGACGUUUUUUACAAAGUCGUUUAACGCCCGAAAUUGAACGUAAAUUAACGUUCCUGGCGUCCUCAGUUAAAUUUGGAAAUCAAAAACGGUACCAGGACUGGUUCCAGGAUAAAUAUUUUGCCACACCAGAAUCCCAUAGUUUGCGCUCAGAUUUAAUAAGAUUUAUUAUAAAUGUCAUACAUCCGACGAAUGAUAUGCUGUGCUCGGAUAUCAUUCCUCGUUGGGCGAUCAUUGGAUGGCUUAUAUCAUCGUGUACAAAUCCGAUAGCGUUGGCUAAUGCUAAACUUUCACUUUUCUAUGAUUGGCUUUUUUUCGAUCCAAUCAAAGAUAAUAUAAUGAAUAUUGAACCGGGUAUUUUAGUAAUGUAUCAUUCAAUUCGAAAUCAUCCUUUUGUAAGCUGCACUCUACUGGAUUUCCUCUGUAGAAUUAUGAAAAAUUUUGAUAUACGUCACGAGGACAAGAUACGUAUGGGCGUUUACAAUUCGUUGAACAAAAUUCUGGAAAAGCAGGUCAUUCCAAAUUUGCAGCCGCUAUUCGAGUCGCCGAAAUUAGAUCGAGAGCUGCGCAAUUUGAUUCGAGAAAAUUUCCGUGAAUUCGUGUCCCCGCCAACCCAUACAACAGCACCAAUAGUGCCAAUUCCAGCGUUUAAAAAGGAAACGGAGCCGCGCGUAUCACAUCGCGGUCAAGCUGUAUUCGGUGGUCCAUUAGUACAACAACAUGACAUGCAACUACAAAAUAGCUUUCAAUUAAAUUCAAACGUAACUGACUUGACGGAAGUUCAAGGCAUUGAUGUUGUUGGUGGCAUAAUUGCAGCUAGUGGAAUCAGUAGUAUAAGUAGCUUGGAUGAGGAUAAUAAAUUAUCUGUUACACCAACCGAAACUAAUGAUACCGAAACCGAAGCUGCCUUUAGUGAAGAUGAUGAUGAUGUUGCGAAAGAUACCAAAAGCGAAGAGCUAACAGACGAUGAUGAUGAUUUGCCUCUAUCAAAAGUGCGUUUAAAAGAGAAGCCAAUACCAGAGAAAAUAGAUUUACCCGCCACAAUUAGUGACUCAUUCGAAACAUUCGUUACAAAACGUAAUUCCUUUACAUGGGAAGCAUUUUUGUUGGACUUUCGUACAUUGCCCGCAUCAGCAUUGGAUGAAGCACAGCUCAAUUAUGUGAUCUCGAAUACGCAUUUAAUAUUACGUGAAACAUUGCCGCAACAAAACAUUUUCACCGACAGUAAAACUGAUGAAAAAAAUCUGGCAAAAAGUAUAAGCUAUCCACUAUUUGGGCUAUUUCGAUUUCUCUAUGAAAAUGAUGAGAAGAGUAAAAAACCGUUUCAAACUUUACUCUCUGAAAUAUGCGAAAGAAUACCAGAAAUCGGUUAUUUAUUAUUAUACUUUAUGAAAGUCCAUGUCAAAUUACAAACACGUAAAAAUAGUCAACAAGCGACACAAUUUAAAACUCCAAUUUAUCGCCUUUUGUGCGAAGCUAGUGGCGAAAAAAUGGACGAAUGUCUGGCGCGAGAUUUGGAUAUGCUUGAAAAAGAAAGUACGACAAUUUUCCUGUGGUUGUUACCAGACAUUUAUCGCGAGUUCAAGAGUACAGCCAUUAACAACAAUGAAUUGCUACGUAUUACAUUGAGGUGUAUUGAUGCGAAGAACCUGCGUGAUUUGAUAUACUAUGUGGCACAAGGGAAACUGACACUAUUCAAGCAAGAUGGACUGAUAGACUGCAUGCGGGAAAGUUUAGUUUAUGAAACAUUUGAACAACUGAGCUUGUGGCAAUUGGUACAAGCACAUGAUGUUCCGCUUAAAUGUCUGCAGGAUAUUUUACCUGAACUUGAAUCGUCAAGUCAUCCGGAAGCGCUUAGCUAUAUGCUUUUAUGGCUCAAGAAUGAGGAGCCUACAAAUGAACUGAUACGACUAUUGCUCAGUAGAGAAACCAAGUCUCGAGGUGAUCCAUUCGUAACCUCGGCUUUGCGGUUCUGGUGCCAACGUGGUGAAGAAAAGUUGUCGGAAAUCAUAGCAUCACUGCUCACUUCAAAAUAUCCAAGCUCGUCGCCGAACAAGCGGAAAAGACAAACUAAGGGCAGCUCGGCAAUGAGCAGCUUACCGUCCGCUGAUCAGGUGUUGAGUCAUUUAGAGCACUAUCGACGUAGCUGCAGACAUGGUACAGGGACAGGCCUUUACGUUUACGAUACCAUGCAACGUGCAUUACAGGCAGCGUAUGCACACAGUAAUGAAAGCACAAAAAAGCAGUAUAGCGAUUUAUUCGCGCUGGCGGCAGAAGAUGAAACUACAGCAGUGGGGAGACGAGGUGGUAGCGGCCGUGGUAGAAAACCUCCGACUAGUAAAAAAGAUACAAACAACCAUAGCGCGAGUAGUAAGAAAAACUCGGAUCCCGUUAAAACCAUUUAUUCAUCAGAUGAAGAAUCAAGUGAAGAGGAUUGGCCCAAACAAAAAAUUUCACAAGCAAAGAAACGAAAAAAAGCCAUCAAUGAUUCUGACUGACAGUAUCAACAACACGGUUUUUAUUGUUAUGAUGUAGAUUCAUAUAGGAAUGAGAAAGAUUUUUCUAAUUAAAUUGUUUAAAUAUAAACUAAAAAGUAUAAACAAAAUGAAAAUUAAAUUUAUUACAG